CGCUUUUUUCCUACAGGCUGUUGUAUGUAUUCGUCUAAAUUCCAACUAGCCCAACAUAUGGCCUUAAGUCGACGAAAGAUUACACGCUUGGCUUCCCUUAAGGACGCCCCGAUUCCGAUAUUGCAGCGACGAUAUUUAAGGGAAGAAACAUGGCAUUGGGAAACGUCGAAACAGUGGUGACGCUAUUUCAGUAGCGUGUAAGCUUCAGCAGUCUGGUAGUUCAUCGCAGUGACAUGCACACCGCGCAAAUGGUUUAUUAAAGUAACAUGGACCAACGCAGAGUGAAAGAACGCCGUCAUGUAAAUAAUUUUCACUGCCAUAUACACUGGCGCCGAGAAACACAAGGCGAGAGGCAACCGAAAUCGGGAGUAACACCAGGGCUUUUUCGCUUUCUACCUUUAUAGUUUUUUUUUUUUUACCUUCGUUAAACCAUUCGUGAUUUGUGGUUGCCAUUGCAGGCUGUGUGCAAGCUUGUCUAGCACACACCGUUUCUCGUUUACCUUUCUUUUUUUUUUACAUUUCAAAGCGUGUAUGUUUAAAGCUUCCGUGCUCGCAUGUGCCACGCUGACACCGGAAAACGCUGCGCCAUCCAGUACUUAGAAAAGCUUGCAUGAAUCAGAGAUAGAAAUGUUCGGCACGUGGCUGGCCACCUGGUGGAGAGACUAAGGUCCAUGUACGCGCGAUCGACCGCCUGUUAAUUUAGCUCGCAGCACCCCGUGCGAUUACAGUUUUCUAGUCGGCGUGUUUCGGGCCUUUCGUCUGUUAUUCUGCCGCCGCGCAAUGGUUUUCAGGCCGUCCGGAAUCACCGUCGUCUCCUUCGCUGCUUCUUUGGCGGCUGUGCUGCAUUUAUGUGCCGCCAGCGUGCCUCCCACAUGCGCAUCGGAUUCUGACUGCUCUGGUGGCCAGCGCUGCGUCACACACUACAACAUGUCGGUGAACAGCAACUGCGACAGCUACAAUUACUGUAUCGACGUAUCCGACACAUCCUGCUCCUGUGCUGAUGGCUACACCUGCCGCCUGAAGGAUUGCCCGAGUUCUCCUUACGAAUGUCUAUUUCUGCAAGACACCAAGAGCAGAUGUGGUGCGGAAAAUGCUCCCGUAUGCCAAGACGAUGAGACCUGUGCGUACGCAUUCAACACAGUCUACUGCUACAAGUGCCCCUGCUAUGGACAGUUCAACGUCACCUGUCUGAAGCACAGCGAUCGGUAUCCUGCCUGCGGACCUAACAGCAUCGCCACGUUAUACGGCAUUGAAUACUGCUGCGACGGCUGUAGGUCGGCGAGCUUCGCGCUCGUCGCUCAGAACUGAGCACACAAGUGUCACAUCGGACGUCCAGCCUUUGUGCUGAACGCCAACGACAAGGCUAGACCCGAAGCUUAACCAUGUGAACGCGUGGGCGUCACUUCGUGCAAUCGCAAUAAAGCCGCGAGGUACUCGAAGUUCACCUACAUUUUUAUAUUAUUUUUGUCCGUAAUCAAAAAGGUCAUGACAAAGCCGGGAUGAGUGCAUCUGCCACUUCGCCGGCCCAUGGUUAGUCGCUCAUCUGCUACUAGCCUUAGCAUUCUGCAGUUCGAUGUGCUCAACACUAACGACAUUUUCUCGUAUUAAACGUUUUGUUCUUUA